GACAUCGUAAUUACGACUUCCCAGUUUUCCUCCUCACAGUAAACACAGAGCAGAGCAAGAAGAACAUGAGCUGGUGCUGAGAAUAAUAUUUUACACACGCGUGUCAUUUAAAACAUAUUUAAUCAUGCCUAUGAAAGGAAGGUUCCCCAUACGGAGGACAUUAGAAUAUCUGCAGAAAGGAGAAGUAGUCUUCAAGAACUCAGUGAAGAUUAUGACUGUGAAUUACAACACGCGUGGAGAACUGAGUGAAGGAGCAAGGAAAUUUGUGUUUUUCUCUGUGCCACAAAUCCAGUACAAAAAUCCCUGGGUUCAAAUAAUGAUGUUCAAAAAUAUGACCCCAUCACCUUUUCUCCGAUUCUACCUUGAUGAUGGCGAGCAGGUAUUGGUGGACGUAGAAGGAAAAGACUAUAAAGAAAUAACCCAGCAUGUCAAGAAGAUCCUGGGCAAGUCAGAUAAAGUUUUGCAAGCUGAGGCGUUAGCCAAGAUGGAGUCCUCAAACCCUGCGAACUUCGGGCCCAAAAAAUACUUCCUGCGCGAGUGUAUAAGCGAAGUGGAAGGUCAGGUUCCUCACCCAGGUCUGGUGCCCUUGCCAAAAGAGAUGACUGGCAAAUACAGGACCAAAAUGGCCGCUAGCGCUGAGGACUAAACCUGGUCACAGGAAAAAGAGAGGACAGGAUUGUAACAUUUCAUCCCUCAGUCAGUUCUUCUACCUGAAUGGACUGCAGUCAGUAUUUGUGGAAAUGCUUUUGGGCUUUCUCAUACUGGGGAAAUAAUAAGCAGCCAUGGUAUUUUUUUUUUUUUUUGUAAAAUAAAAAAAAUGGACUAUU